GUAUGCGUCCAAAGUACACAGUAGUUAUGAAACAUAAUGGCUGAGGAAUAAACGUAGGUGAGAGUGACCAACCUGAGUUAAGUGCUUCGUAUUUCACCUCAGAGGAAUUGGACGGUUCGUCUUUCAACCCCACAAAACUAGCUUGUUUUUUAUCCAGCAGCAUGGCAGAGUCACAGAGAAAUGAAGAGCUGCUCCCUGAAGAUGUUGGAACAGAUGACUGCUUGUCUUCAUACACGCACAUCUACAGUCCGGAUUUACUAAAAGAUCAGGUUGCUUUUAUCACAGGCGGUGGAUCUGGAAUCGGACUCAGGAUAGCAGAAAUCUUCAUGAGGCAUGGCUGUGACACAGUGAUUGCAAGCAGGAACUUGGAGAAGCUCAAAGAAGCAGCUAUAAAGCUGUCUGCUGUGUCAGGACGCCGUUGUCUUCCUUUGCGUAUAGAUGUGAGGCAGCCUGAAAGCAUCGUAGCUGCUGUGGAUGAGGCACUGAAAGAGUUGGGCCGCAUAGACAUCCUCAUUAACAAUGCUGCUGGAAACUUCCUUUGCCCAGCUGCCUCACUCUCUUUCAAUGCCUUCAAGACAGUAAUGGAGAUUGACACUAUGGGUACAUUCAACACCAGCAAAGUGGUUUAUGAGAAGUGGUUCCAGAAUCAUGGUGGCAACAUAGUCAAUAUAUCUGCAACACUUGGAUACAGAGGACAGGCCCUCCAGGUGCAUGCUGGCUCUGCUAAAGCUGCAAAUGAUGCUAUGACUAAGCACCUGGCUGUGGAGUGGGGGCCCAGUGGGGUGAGAGUCAAUACUGUGGCUCCAGGUCCUGUCUCUGGCACUGAGGGCUUCCGUAGACUGGGUGGUCCCAGAGGGGAGGCUGCUGGUGCCUUCCAGUCCAUUCCUUUGCAGCGGGCAGGCAACAAAACUGAGAUGGCCCACUGUGCUCUUUUCUUGGCCAGCAGGGCCUCCUCCUAUGUGACUGGAGCCAUCCUGGUGGCGGACGGCGGCGCGUGGCUGACCUCCGCCAAUGAUGUCUCCAUGCUGUUGGGUAUAGCCUCCUCUAAAUCUGCUAAACUCUGAUCAGGGGCUCUCCUGUCUCUCCUCCUGACCCAGGUUAUUGGUCAUCUGAAAAGAAAAGAGACAAGUAAAAGCUGAAAAAAAGCCUAAUCUCGAGACCGCCUGCAGUACCGAUGUGCUACAUAUACAGUGGCACCUCAUCUGCUGUUGCCUAAAGAAUAUAUUUCUUAGUGCACAUUGAACACUAAUGCUUACUGAAUCUUUGUAAUAAUUCAAAUGAUGUAACAAUUCAGGGAUUUUUUUACACUUUACUACACUUGCUGUGUGUUGUUAACAUACAUACCGUGAUGUGUGACCUUUAAUGAGAUUUUCAACUCAUUUAUUGUUAAAACUUUAUAAUUACAGCUAACAGUAACUACUGUUUGCUUUUCCAAGUCAUUUGUUUUUUUGUCCAAACAACAACUCCUUGCCCGAGAGGUCAGGAUGCCAUCUCUGAGGGUUCACAGGUUGACUGAAAAAAAAAAAAAUUAAAAUAAAAUAAAACACAUUACGUGUACACAAACGUC